AUGACUCAGGCUGAAGCUAGCUACACCCAACGGAAGUGCAAAUGCAACACCAUGAACGCAAAUCUGCCGCUUAUUGCAGCAUUCAUAAAUUUUAUCGUCUUUUGUUUUGCAGACACACUCAGCCCCGAAAUGCAAAUCUACUGGGAAAAUCACAUGGUGCAACCGUACUUCGAUAACACGAGCAAACGCGAAGUGACGGCCAUCGCCGGCCAAACUUGCCAGCUCCACUGUCGCGUGAAAAGUCUUGGCGACCGAGCGGUUUCGUGGAUCCGCAAGCGUGACCUGCACAUACUGACGGUGGGCAUCCUGACCUACACCAACGACCAGCGCUUCCAGUCGCUCCACACCGACGGUAGCGACGAAUGGACGCUUCGAAUCACGUCGCCGCAGGCCCGGGACUCGGGCGUGUACGAGUGUCAGGUAUCAACCGAGCCGAAAAUCAGUCAAUCGUUUCGCCUCAACGUAGUCGUGUCGAAGGCGAACAUCCUGGGCAACUCGGAGCUGUUCGUCAAAAGCGGCAGCGACAUUAACCUGACCUGCGAGGCGUUGCAGUCGCCGCAGCCACCGUCGUUUAUUUACUGGUACAAGGGCGGUCGAGUGAUCAACUACUCGCAACGCGGCGGCAUCAGUGUCCUGACCGAGCAGCAGACCCGAACCAGCCGGCUGGUGAUAUCGCGGGCUUCUCCAUCCGACUCCGGAAACUAUACCUGCGCCCCGAGUAAUUCCGAUUCCGCCAGUGUUGUGGUCCAUGUCAUCAAAGGGGAACAUCCGGCCGCGAUGCAGCACGGAAUAAAUGGCGCUAACGCGGCUCACACUUCAACAUAUAUAGCGGUGGCGAUAAUAUCGGCCUGCUUCCAGCUCCUGCUACUUUCUCGACUUCCGCUGGAUGGUUCCGCGUUCUCGCUGGCAUCAUCAACGUCAUCAUCAGCAUCAUCAUCGCUACCAGCUGCAGUGCGGCCCGUACGAUAG